CCCUGUUGCCAAUGACCCGGUUCUGGGAAGGUGACUAGCUGGCCGCGCGACGAUGUCGCCGACUAUAUAUUCAAACAGGAGGGCCACACCCGUGACAUCCCCCUUUACUCGGCUGCACGAUGUCUGACCACCAGCUUCCCCCACCUCCAGCCCAGCACGGUGGAGCAUCUGAAAUUCCGAUGCCACAAGUCGACAUAAAGGGCGUGCAGCCCACAGCGCCGCCUGGGCAGCGCGAAGAGUGGCACGGACGUUACCCCUACCCGCAGCCCAUACUCCCGCGCUGGCAGCCUAUGGGCCCACAGGUGCCCUACCUCCUGCCCAAUUUUAGAGGCUUUGGCGACGAGCCGCGUGCCCAGCUGCUCGACACACACAUACCACAAGCGCAGCCUUCGCUCCUCCAGACCCCGCCUCCCGAACCCCAUGCUCGCACCCGUAUGCCAGAAGGUUCGGGAGUACCCAUGACGACGCGCGCUGGCUUGCGUCUCCCAGCCCUUCAUGCGGCGAGCUCUACGUCCGACCCGACGGAGGCCAAGUGCACAAACUGCGGUGUACCAGUAGACGGGUCGCAAUGGCGCCCUGGCAUAGUACACCACGAGGUGCAUUGCGCCCCGUGCGGUCUGCAGUACGCUACGUCCAAGCGUCGGCGUCCCGCAGAUAGGCGCGACAGCAUUGCCAAUGCAGAUGCCGCUUCGCAGGAGGCACCUGAGCAGCAGCUCCCGCCACCCCCUGCACAGUGCUGUCGUUGUCAGACAGCAAUAGCUAUGCCUUCGUGCCAGGACAGCGAGGGAAGAUGGAUCUGUUACGUCUGCUCCAGGCUGGAAAAUCGCUGGUAUGAAAUGCAAGAUGAGGGUGGGGAAUGGGAUGCUGGGCGGUGAAUGUGCCCAUCAAGGUAGCCUGGCCUCUUUCGUACACCCUCGUGGGUUAUGCAAUAAAAUUUGUUGUAGCAGAUGCGAACCAGCGAAUCAAGAAUGCGGUUGAUUCUCCACUGGCUCUUGAUAUCAACGUAUCGUUCCACAGGCGCGCUGUUACAGUCUGCUGCGGUCUCCUCGGACCAAAGAC